GGCCCGCGCCCCUUCUCCACCCCUCUUCAUGAAUCCGUUGCAGAUCGCUCGAAUUUUCCAUGCUUUCUCUGCGUGCAAGCCAAACACAUCUAUCGUCUCGUACAGAAAUUGGCAGCAGACGGGGAGCUCAGUUCUUCUCUCGGUCUUUCCACGAGCCUCUUCUUAGUCUUCUAUAUAUAUCAAUCUAGAGCUUCCAAGAGAUUUUGUUUGCAUGGAUGGAGAUUUCUAAUGCACACCAGCAGGUCAUGGCUACCCUUCCCUUAGAAGAAGUUCUUACUGGGUGCCCCAAGACACAGCAGCCGCAGCAGCAGGAGAGGAAGGCGAGGCCUCAGCCAGAGCAAGCCCUCAAGUGCCCAAGAUGUGAUUCCACCAACACCAAGUUCUGCUACUACAACAACUACAGCCUCUCCCAGCCCCGGUACUUCUGUAAGGGCUGCAGGAGGUACUGGACCAAAGGAGGCUCCCUUAGAAAUGUCCCAGUUGGGGGUGGCUGCAGGAAGAACAAGAGGUCCUCCUCCUCUACUUCAAAGAGGGCCCAAGACCAAGCCCUCACCACCCACUCCAACCGACCACUCCCCACAUUCCUCCCACCUCCCCUUUCCUAUGACCCCAGUGACUUCUCCUUAGCCUUUGCCAGGCUCCACGAACCACCCACCCCAGGCCAGUUAGGGCUGGAUGACCAUGACUCCUUCCUUCUAGGAAACCCUAACCCUAACCCUGGACAUAUCCCCACGGCAACUCCAGGCUUCCUUGACAUUCUGAGAGGUGGGCUCCUUGACACCACCACCAACACCAAUGCCUUCCACAAUCUCUACUAUGGGUUUGGGGGUCAUGGCAGGAUGGAGCAGGUGGAGGGUGGUGUUUCUGGGGAGGAGGUGGUGCUGCCCUUUGAUGGAGGUCUAAGUGGUUCGACCACAACCACAACUGCAAGCACUCCAACGGCUAGCCAACGAUCUUGCAGAGCUGCAGAUGGAGGGGAGAGCAAGGUGUUUAUGGGUCUGCAAUGGCAGGUUGGCAGGGAUGGCAACAUGGCUAUGGACCCUGGAAGAGACUGCUGGAAUGGGGUUGGUUCCUCCUGGCCCGGCCUCAUCAACAGCUCCCUGAUGUAGAGCAGUAGAGGUAGAUAUAGAUCGAUAGAAAGAUAGUUAUAUUUUCUCCUUCAAAUGGCGGUGUCUUAGUAGCCAUAUUUGGAAACUUUCUAGUUUCACUUUUUCAUCCUUUUAUAUCAGUCUUAAGUUUUCUUUUUUCGUUAUUUUCGUUGGUUAUUUAUGUUGGGCUUUUCUGUGAGUGGUGUUUCAACAAUUAUAUACUAAAUGAAACAUUCAGAUUUGUUUUCUGACCA